CAUAACUGAACAAAGAGUCCACAGUCCAUCGAAGGCAGGCACUUGGCCAAAAGCACCUUCAGCUUGUUGGCCCUAAGUACAGAACUUGAGUCACAUUCUCGGCAACCUGAAAUACCCGUACGGAACACGUGUCAUUAUAUAAGCAUAUGUUACAUAAUGAAAACAAUCUAAUUUGUCAGACACACUGCCAGGACAUUCCUAAAGGCAACUGAACCAAUAGCUGUCAUUUGAGAGUCACUCAUAAAUACCACAGAAUGUCUAUUUGUACGGAACUCUGCUCUAACAUCAUUAUUUGAUUACAAUACCUUUAGAAGUAACCCCAUCUUCUUAGGAGCCAUGAAGAUCCUCACUCUGUUGGCAGUUACAUCAUGUUUCCUACAGACUGGGCUUGCCUUUAAAAUCGCAUCAUUCAACAUUCAGAGAUUUGAGUCCUCUAAGGUGGAUGACCCCAUCGUGCUGGGCCUUUUGAUUCGGAUUUUGAGAAGAUAUGAGCUUAUCUCUGUCCAAGAAGUAAUGAGUUCGAACAACACAGCUAUUAUCAGGCUUGUCCAGGAACUCAACCUAGCCACUGGUUUAAACUACAAUGUCCUGAUUUCCGAUCACCUGGGACGUAGCUCCUACCGGGAGAAAUAUGUCUAUAUAUACAGGGAGGAUAUCCUAAAGCCAACAGACUGGUAUCAUUAUGAUGACGACUGCGAAAACUGCGGCACAGACACGUUUAUCAGGGAGCCAUUUGUGGCUCGGUUCUCUUCUCUAACUACUGAGCUGAAGGACUUUGCCCUCGUCUCCAUUCACACCAGCCCAGACUAUGCUGUGCGGGAGGUGGAUGCUCUUUAUGACGUGUGGGAAGAUGCCAAGCAACGUUUGCUCAUGGAGGAUAUCCUGAUUCUGGGAGACUACAACGCAGACUGCAGUUACGUCGCCACCAGACACUGGCCCGGCAUUCGCCUUCGUCAUGAUGCGAGCCUCCAAUGGCUUAUUGGAGAUGACGCCGACACCACUGUCAGCGCCAACACUAACUGUGCCUAUGACAGGCUGGUGGCUGGUGGCGCGGGGCUGCAGAGUGCCGUGAUUCCUGGAACAGCUAAGGUCUUUAACUUCCAGGUGGAGUACGGCCUCACUUAUGAAGAGACAAAAGCUGUAUCAGAUCAUUACCCGGUAGAAUUGGAACUACGAGAGGACUCUUUCUAUAGUGGUCACAAAUUUGGGGUCAGCUCCAGCAUUGGCAUAAGUGGAGGCCUGUCUGUCAAUGGUGUCUGCGACUGCGUAGGUGUGGAUUUUACAAGCUGCAAUGGGCGCUGCGGGGCAUAUUCCUCAUCUUUUCCCUGCAACUGCAAUGCAGCAUGUGCUGAUUAUGAUAACUGCUGUGCCGACUACGUUGCUUCCUGCAAAAUAUAAAUCCCCAGCCUUCCAUCUGACGCCAGGGCAAACCUAAAUAAUAAUAUAUAUAUAUCAUUCUCCACUAAGACGUUUAAUUAUGUGUAUUCUAUGUUCUAUUUUUUCUUCUAUUCCAUUCUGAACUAACAUUAACUUUGAUAAAUAAACAGAGUAUUUCCAGAGUGUUUUGCCCAUGUCACCAAAAUACCUCAAUAAACCUUAAACAGAU